AUGAUUUAUAGCUUAGUUUGGGGAAAUUCUCUCGUUGGUUUCUGCGUUAAAAUACUGAAUUCAGCCGUUGUGAUCGGAUUCUAUUAUGGAUUUCUGACUACAUUCUCCAUAGGACCAUCUUAUCUCUUCCUUCUUCAAGGGCAAAUCUUAGGAAAGGGAUCUGAAACGAAAAUAUCAGCAAUAACCGGGUUUAUUACGGGACAGCUCAUGAUGUUUAUAUCGAUCUAUUAUGCGCCUUUGCAUUUGGCAUUGAGUAGACCUCAUACAAUAACAGUCUUAACUCUACCAACACUGCUCCCAUAUUAUUAUAUUGAGGAAAUGAUGCAAUACGAUGACAGGGACCUGGAGGAAGUCAAAGAUGCAAUAGAUUGGGAAAAGGAAGAAACCAACGAAGAAGAAGAAGAUAUUACUGUUUAUCUUUCUGAUAAAAAAGAGAAUACUUUCAACAAAAAACUCGCCCCGUUGGAAAAAUCUCUUGUAACUACUCUUUUCGAUUAUCGAAAAUGGAAUAGGCCUUUGCGAUAUAUAAAAAAUGAUCACUUUGAAAGGGUUGUAAGAGAUUAA